ACCCUCCCAACACCCCCUUCUGCCCCUGUAAUUCCUAGUCUCCCCCUUCUCUCCUUCCCAGUUCCCACAACACCCUCCUUCACUCCACUCCCUCAUCAACCAACUUACCCGCCAAUUUCUCUCUCCUCCUCCCCUUUGCCCCAUUUCAAUCAUCCCUUACUCCGCCUCUCCAAUCCCUAGUUCUCACUCGAAAUUUGAUAACCUUCAUGUGUUUUUCUUCUCAAAUCUUUACCAGAUCAUUCUUUGUUCUUGCGGUUCUUCAACUUUUACUCCAUACCCACCUCGAUUUUGGGUUUUGAAGCUUGUAUGUUGACUUCUACUCCUAUUUGAACCAAGGGUUUUGAACUAUUAACUAUUGGGUUGUUUGUUGUUCAGACAGCUGUUGUUUGGUUUUGUUUGAAAGGCGAUAUUGUUUGGGUUGUUGAUUGUUGUGGCUGAGGAGUAAUGGUUGACCAUGGUUUGAUACACGGGCAAAGUCAUAAUUUAGCUCUUGGUCAUAACCAGGUGUUAGUGAUGGACCAUCACAAUCUUGCUAUUGGCCAGAGUCAUGAUUUAGGUUUGGGACAGAACCAUGAGCAUGAUUUGGAUUUGGGACAUCCACAGGACCAUGGAAUGAGUUUAGGACAGAGUCAGGACCAGGGAGUGGAUGAUGGUCAUAGCUAUGAACAUGAGAAUGGGUUAGCGAAGGAGCAGAAACCUGAGCAUGAAGGCUUAGAUUUACCUCUUCCUGCUCAUGACCAUGAGUUAGAUAUAUCCGAGCACAGUGAAUUGGGUGUUUCAGAAAACCAAGAACUUGAUGAGAACAUGGAACUAGUUGUAGUUCAGAAUCAGGAAAUGGGACUGGAGACCACUCAUGACAUUGGUGUUCAGCAAGCCCAGCUUGUAGUUACUCCCAGUCAUGUCCUUCAGGUACGUACUGUUGUUGCAAGCCCUAGUUAUGAGCUGCUUGUGGGUCAAGAAUUCCCGGAUGUCAAAAGCUGUCGGAGGGCAUUGAGGGACACAGCCAUUGCCCUUCACUUUGAAAUUCAGACCAUAAAAUCUGAUAAAACUCGCUUCACUGCUAAAUGUGCCAGUGAGGGAUGCCCCUGGCGCAUACAUGCUGCAAAGCUUCCUGGUGUACCUACUUUCACAAUCAGGACCAUCCAUGAGGCCCAUAAAUGUGGAGGAAUUGCUCACCUUGGCCAUCAGCAAGCCUCAGUUCAGUGGGUGGCAAGCACUGUGGAGCAACAGCUUCGAGAAAACCCCAAUUACAAGCCAAAGGAGAUUCUGGAAGAGAUUCACAAGAUGCAUGGUAUCACUUUAUCGUACAAGCAAGCCUGGCGGGGAAAGGAGCGGAUUAUGGCUGCUAUGCGUGGAUCCUUUGAAGAAGGGUAUCGCCUCCUUCCGCAGUAUUGUGAACAAGUUAAACGGAUGAAUCCGGGAAGUAUUGCAUCUGUUUAUGGGGGUUCCACUGACAAUUGCUUCCAGCGCCUCUUCAUAUCAUUUCAGGCAUCUAUUUAUGGUUUUCUGAAUGCAUGUCGCCCUCUCCUUGGGGUUGAUAAGACAUUCUUAAAAAGUAAGUACCUGGGGACUUUGCUUUUAGCUACUGGUUUUGAUGGGGAUGGUGGCCUGUUUCCUCUUGCUUUUGGUGUUGUUGAUGAGGAAAAUGACGAUAACUGGAUGUGGUUUCUUUCUGAACUUCAUACCCUGCUUGAGGUUAACACAGAGAACAUGCCCAGGCUUACAAUUUUGUCAGAUAGGCAGAAGGGCAUUGUGGAUGGUGUGGAGGCGAAUUUCCCGACUGCUUUUCAUGGAUUUUGCAUGCGUCACCUCAGUGAUAGUUUUUGUAAGGAGUUUAAUAAUACAAUGCUUGUCAACCUAUUAUGGGAAGCUGCUCAUGCUCUUACGGUGAUUGAAUUUGAAGCAAAAGUUUUAGAGAUCGAAGAAAUUUCACAAGAUGCUGCAUAUUGGAUUCGGCGAAUUCCUCCUCGUUUAUGGGCUACAGCUUAUUUUGAGGGAACAAGGUUUGGGCAUUUGACAGCCAACAUAGUGGAAUCACUAAAUACGUGGAUUUUGGAAGCCUCUGGGCUUCCAAUAAUUCAGAUGAUGGAAUGCAUUAGGAGGCAGCUUAUGACUUGGUUCAAUGAACGCCGAGAAACUAGUAUGCAGUGGACAUCAAUUCUUGUGCCAUCAGCUGAGAGGCAUGUUGCAGAGGCACUUGAGCGGGCACGCACUUAUCAGGUCCUUCGUGCCAAUGAAGCUGAAUUUGAAGUUAUAUCUCAUGAGGGAACAAAUAUUGUUGAUAUUCGGAAUCGUUGCUGCCUUUGCCGGGCUUGGCAGCUGUAUGGUUUGCCCUGUGCACAUGCUGUAGCGGCACUGCUUUCUUGCAGGCAGAAUGUCCAUCGAUUUACUGAGAGUUGUUUCACUGUUGCAACUUACCGGAAGACAUACUCACAAACUAUUCAUCCAAUUCCUGAUAAAACAUUAUGGAAGGAGGUAUCUGAGGGAGAUUCAACUGCAAGCAAAGCUUCUGAGAUUAUCAUAAAUCCACCUAAAUCACUUCGACCUCCUGGCCGACCAAGGAAAAAAAGAACCCGAGCAGAGGACCGUGGUCGCAUGAAGCGAGUUGUGCAUUGUAGCCGAUGCAAUCAGACAGGCCACUUUAGGACAACAUGUGCAGCACCCAUUUGAGUUGUCAUUGAGGAUAAUUUGAUCGAAGCUGAGUGAAUCUCCCUCCUCUGUAAAGAUUUUUCUUGGAUAUGUCUAUUAUUUAUGGAGAGCUAUUUGUUACCUUCAUAUGUCAAUACUGUAAUCCUUGUCCUUGACAUGAGGUAAAUUAAGCUCAUGGCUGCUAUCCUACUGAU